AUGGUCGUUCCGGAAAAUGGUAAAAAACUGAAGAUCGCGUUUGUUCUUUUCUUGCAGUCUGUAAUGUCUUUUUUAAUUUUUUUCUAUUCUUUUUUAGCUUUCCCAGUUCAUGAUUAUUUGCCUAUUUUUUUUUUUCUUUUAUUUUCUAUUCUUUUUCUUUCUUUCUUUCUUUCUUUCUUUCUUUCUUUCUUUCACUCUCAAAUGAUCAUCUUUUCACAUUUAACUUUCUUUCUUUCUUCCUUUGCUGAUAACUAUUUCAUAUUUAUCUUUCUGUCAUUAUUUCUUACUUGCCCAGCUGGCCACUCUUUUCAUUUUGCCGUUUCUUUCUCUCUCUCUACCCUCUCUCUAUCUAUCUAUAUUUCUUUCUUUCUUUAUUCUAACUGGUCACUUUUUUUCAUUUUUAAGAUUUCUUUCUUUCUUUCUUUCUUUUCUUUCUUUCUUUCUUUCUCAGCUGGUCACUUUUUUCUUUUUUAUCCUCUCUUUCUUUCUUUCUUUCUUUCUUUAGUCACUUUUUUCUUUUUCACCCUUUCUUUCUUUCUUUCUUUCUUUCUUUCUUUCUCAGCUGGUCACUCUUUUCUUUUUUACCCUUUCUUUCUUUCUUUCUUUCUUUAG